CGAAAAUAAAACCCUAAUUUUCCCAUCUCUCCAUUUUUCUCUCUCCAAUUUUGGUAAUCGGUGCGGUGUCCUCUCUCUCUUCUCUUUCAGUAAAAUGGCAACGGCGGGCGACGGCACGGAGACGGCGGCAGCAUACGAAGGAGGAGGAGCCGGAGGAAAGUUUAGGAAAAGGCCGUUACGUCGGAACCAGAAUAAUACUCCGUACGAUCGUCCACCGACGGCACUUCGAAACUCUAGUUGGCUUACUAAGCUCGUGGUGGACCCCGCAUCAAAGCUCAUAACUUCCGGCGCUCAACGCUUCUUUUCCUCCAUAUUCCAAAAGCGCCUUCCCCCUUCCCCCACGCCAUUACCUCCACCUCCUCCAGGACCAAGCCAAGAAUCAAAGGAUCUGCGUCAGGAGUCAAGUCCCAAUGAGUAUACUGGAGCACUAGUGAUGGCAGGACAAGGAGAUGACCAUGCUGCAUGCAGCUUGGGGGACGACACAUUCUCAGAGCUUGAGCAGCUGUUGAAACAGAAGACAUUUACAAGAUCUGAGAUUAAUCGCUUGACAGAACUUUUGCGCUCAAAAGCUGCAGACGUGCCUAUGGGAGAUGAGGAGAAAAGAGCCGAGGCCAUUCUAUCUAGACAUGCAUUGGAUUCUUCGAGCCGCUUGAUGGAAGGAAAUAGGUCUGUGAAGGUUACAUCCGGUGGAGUUGUCGCAAUUCCUGUCACGAAUUCCAGGAUUCUUGAAGAUGAUAUUGCAUCCCCUGCUGAGCUUGCAAAAGCUUACAUGGGGAGUAGGUCAUCAAAGGUGUCGCCAUCAAUGCUGAGCACGCGUAGUCAAGCUGUGAGAGAAGAUACACCUCUGCUAAGAAAUGUACAGUAUGUCCAAAAAUCACCUCUUCCAUCAGCAACAACUAGGACUGCUGGUCUUCUCGGGGUUCGAGAGAAUGAGUUUACUACUCCAAGAUCUCAUGGAAGAUCUGCUAUAUACAGCAUGGCUCGUACGCCAUACUCUAGAGUUCGUCAAACUGAGGUUCAGAAGGCUACCAGCUUGACAAAUUAUGUCAAUGGUGGGUGUUCAUCAUCUAGGUCAGUGUCGGAGCACGAUGUACUUUUUGGGUCUAAACAGGCCCUUAAACGAAGAAGCUAUGUUCUGGAUGAUGAUCUUGGAUCUGUUGGUCCCAUGCGUAGGAUUAGGCAGAAACCUAAUCUUCUAUCUUUUGGAGUUUCACGUCCCAGUGCUGGAGUUGCUUCAGCCAGCAACCUGCAUCCGGAGGUAUCAAAAGUUGUUGGAGAUGUCCAAGAUAAUAAAACCACGCCUACAAGGCAUAUUGCCGUUCCUCCAAAGUCCAGUGAGACUGCUGCAAAGAUAUUGAAGCAUCUCGAAAAGAUGACCCCAAAGGGAAAAUCAUCAGAAUCCAAAUUAGCUGCAGGGAAAGAGAAUAAACUGACACCGAACAUGCUUCAUGGACGAGCUCUUAGAAGCUUGGAGGAUUUGGAUUCACCCAAGCUGCUGCAGAGCGCACACGAUAGCUAUAAGCUGGAGAACUGGUCUAAAAUAUUUCCUCCCAAUCCCCGUGAACCGAAGCAAGGGGAAAUUGAACAAAAUGGGCGUAGUUCUGCUAGCGAGUCAGCUGCUAAAGGAAAAAACGACACAAUCUUUUCAUUUAAAGAUACUCAACCCACUGUUGAAACCAAUUCCACGGUAAACAAGUCUGCUACUCAACCUCCUCCCAAGAAACUAGCUUUUAAGAUGAGUGCACACGAGGAUUCUUUUGAGCUAGAAGAGGACAUAAACUCUAAUGGGCCUUCAUCUCAAUUAGCUGAAGGGAGAGGGAAGCUGGAAAUAUCUGCUGCGGACCAGAAGCCAUUAUGUGCUGCUGAACCCACGAGCAAACCUGCUGCUUUGCUGGAAGUAAGGACACCUUCUGGUGUUUUAGGCAAAAAAUCUGAUACAGAGACUCCUGAUAGUGGUGCCACCGCUGUCAAGAACACCAUUUUCCUGCCUAUUGCAGGUUCCCAAUCAAUAGAAACGGUGUCUAACAAGGAGACAAGUGUUGACAAGGUUCCACCAUUUGUAUUUUCGUCAUCAACCCAAGUCACUGGGUCAAAGCCAGGUAGCUCGAGCAGCGUAUCCAAUCUAGCGUCCAGCCCAACUGAUGCUCGGCCUAAUCCUUUUCAGCUGGAUAACUCACAGAAGGCUGUGGACAGCAAUGGCAAAUUAGAAGCAUUAUCAUCUGGUCCAUCAAGUUCAAUAUCAACAAGUGGUAUUUUCUCAUUAGGUGCUCCAUCCAGUACUUCAAGUUUAAGUAAUGGACUAUUUGCUCCUAGUCCUGCUAUCUCAACCACCUCUGCCUUGUUGUCAGGCAGCUCUACCGCUUCCGCGAGCAGUCUCUUUGGUUCCAGUGCAGCAUCCUCAGUUUCCAAGGAACCUCCUAUCAAAUUUGGUUUUUUUGGAGUUCCUUCAGAAACAGUUUCAGCACCAUCAACAACUUCCACCGCAGAAACUACAGACGUGAAAGCCAAAUCCGAGACUGGAACUACUUUUGGCAAUUUGAAGAGUUCACCUUUUGUGGUUGCGUCUUUUGCAGCUACAGGCUCUGGAAAUAGUAUCUCUGGUUUUAGUUCAUCAGUAAUGUCAGUGGUUACUGCAGGAGGUGAAUCACUUGUUAGUGCACAGUCUCAGGGUUCUGUUUUUAGUACAGGAGGUGAAUCACUUGUUAGUGCACAGACUUCUGUUGCUGGAUCUGGCACUUCUGUCGUCUCUGGGAGCAUGCCUGCUCAUUUCGGUUCAUCACCAUCCAUAGCAAACUUUCCCGUGUUUGGUUCUGCGCCUGGUACUACUGGCCAAGUUUCUGCUUCUCCUUCGAAAAACAACCUAGUUGGCACCAGCAAUGCUGCUUCUGGAAUAUUUAAUUUUGGUGCUAGUUCGUCAGCUUCCAGUGCAGCAGGCAGGUUAACUGGGUCUAUAAAUGGCACGGCCCCGUUGGCAUUUGCUUUUAGUGCCAGUUCUGCAGCUCCUGCUUCGGAAACCAGUGUACCUGCCACCUCCAGCAGCGCUACUCCUGGGACAUUCAAUUUUGGUGGUAGCGACGCUAUGGUCGCUUCUCGCGACACUGUCGCCUCUCGCCACGCAGGCAGAGGCGAGCGCUAUUUCGAAACGCAACGCAACAGAGGCUCUGUGGCGACACUGUCUCGCCUCGCCUCGCCUCAGUGCUAA